UGUUUAUUUUAAACCCAUUAACACGCGGUCAUAAAUGUGAUGUACGAUGGCUCUGAACUCUCUGCGGGGUUUGGAGAUGUUCUGACGGGCAUCAGGCAGACUGACUCCGCCCUCUGGCACCUGUAAAUCCGCCCUGAACGCGCCGCGGAGAAAACGCGCACCGAAUGAACGCAACACGUUGCUGAAUGAGAGAGAGAGAGAGAGAGAGAGAGAGAGAGCUGAUCAGACAGAGGUCUGUCCAACAGAGCGGCAGGAAUACGGGUGGAAACGGCGGACGCGCUGGUGCGCUACUUUUGCAUUUCAGGCGAGAUCCGAACAGCGGCCGAGCGCGCUGAGAACAGCGGGAGAAGAGCGCGCACGCCCGGGCACACACACGCAGGACUGCCCGCCCUGCCAAACAUGGCUGAUCGUCGGCUGUGGGGCGCUGCCGGGAUCUCCAGGAAGACGAUCCAUGCUGCCCGCUGAAGGAGAUGAUGAUGAUGAUGAUGAAGAUGAUGGACCUGAUGGAAAGCAGCUCUCCACAAUAAUGACCAACUUCAUCGACAAGCAUCUAAAAACGGGUCCGUCCUCAGUUCGGAAGAUGGACGUGAUCAUCCCGUACACCCCCGAUGUGCCCUGUGACCCAAACGGGCAGCGCAUGUGGUGGGCGUUCCUCGCCUCCUCGAUGGUCACUUUCUUCGGGGGUCUCUUCAUCAUUUUGCUGUGGAGAACUUUCAAGUACCUGUGGACAGUGUGCUGCCACUGCAAGAAGAAAAAGAAGGACGUGCAGCGAGUGAGUAACCCAGCUGUCACCAGUGUUGGGGGGAUUAAAGUAGGGGGAGAACGCGAGACGGAGGUUGCGGCCAGCGAGGUGGGAUGGAUGACCUCUGUUAAGGACUGGGCAGGGGUCAUGAUCUCGGCUCAGACACUCACUGGACGCGUGCUGGUGGUGCUGGUGUUUGCUCUGAGCAUCGGCGCUCUCGUCAUUUACUUCAUCGACUCCUCUGACCCGAUUGAAUCCUGUCAACAUUUCGACAAGGACUUCACGUUACAGAUCGAUAUGGCCUUCAACGUGUUUUUCCUGUUGUACUUUGGACUGCGUUUCAUUGCAGCCAAUGAUAAGUUGUGGUUCUGGUUGGAAGUGAAUUCUGUGGUGGAUUUCUUCACCGUUCCGCCCGUGUUCGUGUCUGUGUAUCUGAACAGGAGUUGGCUGGGCUUGCGGUUCUUAAGAGCCCUGAGGCUGAUCCAGUUCUCAGAAAUACUACAGUUUUUAAAUAUCUUAAAAACAAGCAACUCCAUAAAGUUGGUGAAUUUGUGCUCAAUCUUUAUAAGCACAUGGCUGACAGCAGCGGGCUUCAUUCAUUUGGUGGAAAACUCAGGCGAUCCUUGGGAAAAUUUCCAGAAUUCCCAACCACUUUCCUACUGGGAGUGUGUGUACUUACUCAUGGUAACAAUGUCCACAGUGGGUUAUGGAGAUGUUUGUGCUAAAACGACCCUCGGACGUCUCUUCAUGGUCUUCUUCAUUCUCGGAGGAUUGGCCAUGUUUGCCAGCUACGUUCCUGAAAUCAUAGAGUUAAUAGGAAACCGCAAGAAAUAUGGUGGUUCGUAUAGUGCAGUAAAUGGGAGAAAGCAUAUAGUGGUUUGCGGUCACAUCACACUGGAGAGCGUCUCCAACUUCCUUAAAGACUUCCUACACAAGGACAGGGAUGAUGUCAAUGUAGAAAUAGUUUUUCUCCAUAAUAUUUCCCCUAAUCUUGAGCUGGAAGCCUUAUUCAAGAGACACUUCACACAAGUGGAGUUCUACCAGGGAUCUGUUCUAAACCCCCAUGAUCUCGCCCGAGUGAAGAUUGAGUCGGCUGAUGCGUGUCUGAUUUUAGCCAAUAAGUAUUGUGCAGAUCCCGAUGCGGAGGACGCGUCCAAUAUCAUGAGGGUGAUAUCCAUUAAAAACUACCAUCCAAAAAUCCGUAUUAUUACUCAGAUGCUGCAAUAUCACAAUAAGGCUCACCUUCUCAACAUCCCAAGCUGGAACUGGAAGGAGGGUGAUGAUGCCAUCUGUCUGGCCGAGCUGAAGUUGGGCUUCAUCGCUCAGAGCUGCCUGGCACAGGGUCUGUCCACCAUGCUGGCAAACCUCUUCUCCAUGAGAUCCUACAUUAAGAUUGAAGAGGACACGUGGCAGAAGUAUUAUUUAGAGGGAGUAGCCAAUGAAAUGUACACAGAGUAUCUGUCCAGUGCCUUUGUGGGUUUGUCUUUCCCCACGGUUUGUGAGCUCUGUUAUGUGAAGCUGAAACUUUUGCUGAUUGCCAUCGAGUAUAAAUCAGACCAGAGAGAAAGCAGCACGCUGAUUAACCCGGGGAAUCAUGUGAAGAUGCAGGAGGGGACGCUUGGAUUCUUCAUUGCCAGCGAUGCCAAAGAGGUCAAAAGGGCACUUUUCUACUGUAAAGCUUGUCACGAUGACAUCACAGACCCCAAACGGAUCAAGAAAUGUGGAUGCAAACGAAACAAGAGAUCCGGCUCCAAGAGAAUGCGGCUGGCAUGUUGUGUAGCUUGCGGUGGGGCAGAACGGUGCUGCUCGUGCAUGUCAGAAAGUGUCUCUAGUAACUUGGAGGUCCUGCAUCGUGGCUUCCCCCUCUCUCCUGUUUCUCUGUAUGAUAACACAGCUACUUUACACUCCUCUAAAAGUAACUAUAAUGGAUACAUCAAAUCAAUAGUGGAGGAAGAUCAGCUGUCCGCUCUGUCACCCAAGAAGAAACAACGUAACGGAGGGAUGAGAAACUCGCCCACAUGCUCGCACAAAAUAAUCAGGCAUGACCCGUUGUUAGUCACAGGACAUGAUCAAAUGGAAACAAUGGAUGAGAAUAUUAAGAAAUAUGAUUCCACUGGAAUGUUCCACUGGUGCCCAUCAAAAGACAUAGAAAAUGUUACCCUGACGAGGAGUGAGGCAGCGAUGACUGUUUUGAGUGGUCAUGUGGUGGUUUGUAUAUUUGGGGAUGUAAAGUCUGCCCUGAUUGGUCUUCGUAACCUGGUGAUGCCUCUGAGAGCCAGUAACUUCCACUAUCAUGAGCUGAAGCCCAUCGUGUUUGUGGGUUCUCUGGAGUACCUAAAGAGAGAGUGGGAGACACUACACAACUUCCCCAAAGUCUCCAUCUUACCUGGCACUCCACUGAGCCGUGCUGAUCUGAGAGCUGUCAACAUCAACUUGUGUGAGAUGUGUGUCAUUCUGUCAGCCAAUCAGAACAAUAUCGACGAUGUGUCUCUCCAGGAUAAGGAAUGUAUUCUGGCGUCUCUCAACAUCAAGUCCAUGCUGUUUGAUGACAGCAUCGGUCUUCUGCAGGCAAACUCUCAAGGUUUCACUCCUCCUGGGAUGGAUCGCUCCUCUCCAGAGAACAGUCCUGUACAUGGAUUGGUGCGGCAGCCGUCCAUUACGACAGGAGCAAAUAUUCCUAUCAUUACAGAACUUGUUAAAACAGAUAAGUUGCUGCCCCUGGUUUCUCUGAGCCAGGACAAGAGCAGCGGCACCAACAUCUCCAUGAUAACCGAAUUGGUGAAUGACUCAAACGUUCAGUUUCUGGACCAGGAUGACGAUGAUGAUCCAGACACAGAGCUGUAUCUCACGCAACCCUUUGCCUGUGGAACAGCAUUUGCUGUCAGCGUUCUGGACUCAUUAAUGAGCGCUACGUACUUCAAUGAUAAUAUUCUAACUCUGAUCCGGACGCUGGUUACUGGCGGUGCAACUCCAGAGCUGGAGGGUUUGCUGGCAGAGGAGAAUGCCCUGCGUGGGGGUUACAGCACCCCACAGACCCUGGCAAACAGAGACCGCUGCCGCGUCGCCCAACUGGCGCUCUACGACGGGCCCUUCGCAGAUCUUGGGGAUGGUGGUUGCUAUGGUGAUUUAUUCUGUAAAGCAUUAAAAACAUACAACAUGUUGUGUUUCGGAAUAUACCGCUUAAGAGACGCACACCUGGGAUCACCGAGCCAAUGCACCAAACGAUAUGUGAUUACAAACCCACCGUACGACUUUGAGCUGGUGCCCACAGAUCUGAUCUUCUGUCUGAUGCAGUUUGACCACAACGCCGGCCAGACCCGCGCCAACCUGACCACACACUCUACCAUCUUCCCCAGCAAAAAGAGCCUGUCUGCCCUCUCUAUACCCCCCUCAUCCGUGCGGCCGGGUCACAGCCGGAGCAGAGACCUGCGUGACAAACAGAAUGCGACCAGGACGAAUAGAGCGGUCUCAGAAAAGAACUGGUACACAGACGAACCUGAGAAUGCCUUCCCGAGGAGUACACAAAUCAAACACACCGAUACACACUCAGCCAAUCAGGUGACUCAGUACAAAUCAUACACCAGCAACAUCAUCCAGCCAAUCAGAGAGGUGGAGGAGAACACCUGAGACAAUAUCUGGACUUACCUGAUCGUGGACAAACUGAAUGUGGCGGAUCUGAUUCUGGUAUAGUAAAUAACAGUAUUAUAAUAGCUAAAGAGAAAAUUACAGAUAUACCAUAGAGGAGAGUAGAAUGUACUACUACACUUGUUGUAGAUGACCGCAAUCUCUUCUAGUUAUCAUGAGAAAAAUAUGUAGAAAUUACUAAGGGUAAUUUUAACAGCUUUAAGACGUUAGUAGGAAUAUAACUGGAUUUAUUAGCGACAUACGCAACAAGUAUUUGCAAGAAGAUCCAAUUAUUUUACAUUGUUGUAAGCCAAAGACCAUCGUAUUAGAUGCCAUAUAUCGCGUACAGUGGGCACAGGUCCUCCCUCAGUCCAGGUCUCUGCCUGGCACAGUGUUGGCAUGGACACUGAACCCAACUGCAGUGCCCAUAGCCAAUCUGAAUGCUGGGCGCAUUAAACAAUAAAAAAUAACUACAAUAGCUGGAUUGAAUGGCAGCUUAGCUAUGUUCUUGUACCAAUGAAUAUGCAUUGUAGCAAUAAAAAUCCUGUUUUACAAUAUGUUUGAUUUGAUAACUGUGUAUUUUAUUUUAUUUAUUUGUUUUUAAUCUAUAUAUCAAGUGGUGAAUGGAUUGGAAAGCAAUCGUAACGUCUGUCAUUUCUAUGAAACCAUUAAAGUGCGGUCAACCUAGACUUUGAUGGUGUGUUCGGUCCAAAUCAGAUGUGGGAUAUACUCAACAUGACCCUCAUAACACCUCAUAAUAAUUUGUACGAGAUGAUGAAAUCGUAAAAUAUCAUCAGAAAAGGUUACACUUUUUUUCCCAUAGAGGACCCACUUUAUAUUAGGUGUCUUUAACUGCUGUGCUUACUAUGUACGUAUGUGUGGUUGCAUUGUACAUACAUAUAAAGUAAAUGCAUUUAGUUACUUCUGUAAUUACACUGAUAACCUUACCCCUAACCCUAACUGACCUUUGCCCUAAACCCUAACCCCUUCCCCUACUUCUUAACCUACCCAUACCUGAUGUUUCUUUCUCCCGCAUAACACAAAAUAUAUUUUCCUAUUAAAAUAACAGUUAGGUUUAGGGUUUAGGUAAGGGGUUAAACUUAGGCUACUGUACGUCCAGAUUAAUCCAGAUAAUUUUGAAGAUGGCAUUGUUGUUUACGAAACGCUCUCAUCGUUUCCGAAUAUCUCAGUUUUUCCUGUCCACACUCCAACGUGAAGACGGCGUUUUCAUAUUUAUCCGCUUGGGAGAGCGUUUUUGAAAAGUUCUGUUUUCGCUAGACAAAAACACCGUCUGAGUGUGGACGGAAGGCCAAAACGUAGCGAAAUUAACGAGUUUUCAAACGAAAAUCAUGAUGACAUUGUUCGUUGGUUCGCUUAUUUUUCUCUAUGGCAGUAAACGUAGUAUUUUCUUGUACGAGAUGGUGAAAUUGUAAGAAAUGGGACGCAUUGACUUUUACAAAAAUGUACGACUUUUAAUUCCAUUGACAAAAAUAAACAAACCAGCGAAUGAUUUUGACAGUUUUUCCUAAAUUCAACCCCUAAUCCAAACCUAAACCUAACGAUGAUUUUAAUAGCAACAUAAAUUUUGUGUAACGCGGAAGAAAGAAAACAUCUUAAGGUUAAGAAGUAGGGGUUAAGGUAAAGGUUGGAUUAGGGUUAGGCUUAGGGUUUGGGUAAGGGGUUAAAUUUAGGCUACUCUAUGUCCAGAUUAAUCAGAUUAAUUUUGAAAAUGGCAUUUUCAUUUACAAAACACUCUCUGUCCAAACUGUCAUUUUCAAACGUUUUCCUAAAGUUGGUCGUUCACACUGAAAUGUCUGGAAAUGCUUUAAUGCCCUUACUGCGCAUGCGGAAAAAAACGUAAGCAUGGCUACAACAUGGGACGCCAUCUUGAUUGUUUUGGAUCACAUGACAACAAAUACGCCAUCGUUUUCGAAUAUUUCCGUUUUUCCUGUCCACACUACAACGCGAAGACAGCGUUUUCAUAUUUAUCCACUUGGGAGAGCAUUUUCAAAAAGCUCUGUUUUCGGGGGGCCAGGGUAGCUCAGCGAGGAUUGACGCUGACUAUCACACCUGGAGUCGUGAGUUCGAAUCCAGGGUGUGCUGAGUGACUCCAGCCAGGUCUCCUAAGCAACCAAAUUGGCCCGGUUGCUAGGGAGGGUAGAGUCACAUGGGGUAACCUCUUCAUGGUCUCUAUAAUAUGGUUCUCGCUCUCGGUAGGACGUGUGGUGAGUUGUGCGUGGAUGCCGUGGAGAAUAGUGUGAAGCCUCCACAUGCGCUACGUCUCCACGGUAACGUGCUCAAGAAGCCACGUGAUAAGAUGCGUGGAUUGAUGAUCUCAGACGCGGAGGCAACUGAGAUUCUUCCUCCGCCACCCGGAUUGAUGCGAGUCACUACGCCACCACAAGGACUUAGAGCGCAUUGGGAAUUGGGCAUUCCAAAUUGGGGAGAAAAUAAAAUAAUUGGGUGUGGACGGAAGGUCAAAAUGUAGCAAAAAGUUAUGCGAUUUCAAACACAAAUGUAUUGGUGUGAACCUGGCCUUAGCAAAAGUCACGAUGACGUUGUUUGCUUGUUUGUUUAUUUUUCUCUAUGACAGUAAACAUAGUAUUUUCUUGUACAAGAUGGCGAAAUUGUACGAUACUGUACACACUGGCUCGUAGCCUCGUACAAAAAUGUACGACUUUUACUUGCAUAGACAAAAAUAAACAAACCAACGAAUGAUUAUAUGACAGUUUUUCUUAAGUUUAACCCCUUACCCAAACCUAAACCUAACCAUAAAGUCUAACCCCUUACCCAAACCCUAAACCUAACUGCGAUUUUAAUAGGAAAAUAACUUUUGUGUACCGCAGAAGAAAGAAAACAUCGGAGUUUGGAACGAGACAAGGGAAGCGUGUUACAGGUUAUUCACGUCAGUCAUUUGUAUUGUAUAAAUAAAUAUGAAAUGAGUAACUAAAUUUGAUCAGACGUUUUCUUUUUUCUUAAAUAGUGUUGGAUAGGAGGCUAACUAAAAUUCAAUCCCUGUAUUGUAUCAAUUUGAAAUUCUGAUUAUUGGUUGGUGUAAAGGUCGUACUUUUCCCUACUUUUUCGUACGAGCAAAAUUGGAUGAUAUCUUACGAUUUCGCCAUCUUGUACGAAUUAUUACGAGUUGUUAUGAGACUGCGUCGUAACAAACUUUGACAUGCAGUGACAGAUGAAACACAAAGUCUAAUGUGAUUGCACCAUUACGCACCAAAAUCAACUCAAAUGCUCAGAUGUCCAUAUCAGUAAUAUUAAGAUGAAAUAUAGUUCAUGGUCGUCUGUUCAGUGAUUGUUUGUGUUAGAUGUCUUUGAUGACAAACAUUCUCAGACUGUUCCCAUGCAGCUUGUAAAGUGCCGUUUUUGAGAAAACAGCAAAAACAUUCCAAAUCUUGACAUGCAGUAUUUCAAAGUGUAUUUAUUUGGUUUAAACCUUCUGAGGUUUUUACUAUAAAUAACAAAGUGCUGUUAGUCCAUAAAACCAUUGUAUGUAUUUACUUUUCAGAGAGAAACUGUUUUUCUCAGACCUGAUAAAAGUGUGAUGAACCUUGAGCUUCUGUGUUCACUUUUACAGUCAUUCCAGUGUUUCACAUAAACUCUAAUCAGGUUAUAUUGUGCUUUAUAUACUGCAUCUGCGUCACAUGAGCCUUAACAGAGCUGAUCUUUCAUCAGCGGUGCCGGGCAGAACCGGACUCGAGGGAGGGCCUGCAAAGACCCACUGCCGCGAAAAGUGGCCCAAAAAUCAUCAACGCCCACAAGACUUGAUUAGUUACAGCGGCAAAGAGAUAUGCGGCAAAUCUUAACAUUUAAAAAGCGAGUGACUGAAAAGUGACAUGGAAAUAUUUGCUCAAGGUAUUUGAUAGUAUGCAUCAUUUUGGUCAUUUAACAUGUGCAAUUUGCAGAUUACCCAUUUAAAGGGGUCAUGUCAUGAGGAAUCAAUUUCUCCAUUAUUCUGACAUAUGAGAGGUCAUUUAUACUAUGAAAACAUACUGUAAGUUUCAGAAAUCAAAACUUUCUUUUCAGUCCAAAAUGAGCAUUUUUGUUUUCCCCACUCUUUGCAAAAAUGACUCGUUUUGAAAUUGGCCACAUUGCAAUGUCAGCAUGUGGUGUCCUUUUGAAUAUUGUAUUUUCUUAUUGUAUUUUGGCCGAAACGAACACCCAUUGUCCCGUAUUUAAACAGCGAAACAUUCGAGGGGAACUUCAAAUCUUGUAUGCCUCAUAAUACAAGUAGUCAGGAGCAACAGUGUGCCGACUUAGUUCAGUUUUCCAUUGUUGCUUCAGUCAAACAAUUGUAGUAGUUUGAUUGCGUGCCCACAUAAAUACAGUAGUGCUAUCGAUAAUUUUCUGGACUGGGUGCAUGCAGGGGAUUUUGUAAAUCACUUGCACGUUUUCAUUCCUUCAUUUUUGAAAAACAAAACAAAAAAAAAAACAAAACAAAAAAACAGUUCCACGAGUUUUAUGGCGGGUGGCAUUUGCUCUGAUAAGAGGUUAGCCAAUCAUAACAGUGGACAUGUGAUUUGAAGUCUUAAAGGAGAAGUAGCGCAAAAACCGUGCGUUUCAGACAAAGGGCCAAAGACAGGAUGGAAAACGGUCACUACAUUAUGACUUUACUAACUUUACUAACAUUAUAAGUGAACCUCAAGGAAAAUAAUAAAAUAUGCAUGACAUGACCCCUUUAUUGGAGGACAGAUUUAUCAGAGGAAUAAAAUGUGCAAUUCAAAAGGAAAUGUCUUAAGCGUUCAGACGAAAAACAUUUCGAGUGGAUUAAGUGUUUUAUCUCGUCGAAUGCAGAGAGAAUUCUUGCAAUCUUGUGUGUUGCUGGAUGUCACUAUUUACUGUAAAUGGCAAAAUGGCAUAACAGAUAUAAACAUAAGAUAAUAUUGUACAGAAGACUGUAAAUAAAAUGUACAUGAUUUUAUUUUGUAAUUUCACAGAAUAAAUAUGGAUGUAUUCGUG